ACGUCCAGUCACUGAAGCUGAAUAUUUCUAGGGACCCGUGAAGGCAUCAGCAGCGUGAGCUCUCGUGGGUUCAUACCAGCUGGGUCAAACAAUCAGACAUGGAUAUGAGUGACAAAAAAGGUCCUAUUACUCUGAAAGUCAUCCUCAUAGGAAACUCUGGGGUGGGAAAAUCCUCCGUCAUGAACAGAUACGUGAAUCACCGCUUCACCAACAUGUACCGGGCCACUGUGGGGACUGACUUCCUCUCUAAAACAAUCAACAUAGAUGGGGACACAGUCACGCUGCAGAUCUGGGACACAGCAGGCACAGAGAGGUUCCAGUCUCUGGGUACACCUCUGUACAGGGGAGCUCACUGCUGCAUGCUGGUGUUUGAUGUCACAUCCAAGGCCAGCUUCUCUGCUCUGGAUGGGUGGAGGAAGGAGUUUUUGAUCCAAGGGGAACCCAAGGAUCCUUCUGAUUUCCCUUUUAUUGUACUGGGCAACAAAACGGAUCUGAGCGACCGAGAGGUGUCUGACAAGCUGGCCCGGCAGUGGUGCGAGGAAAUAAGAGGCGAAUACUUUGAAGGAAGUGCCAAAGAAGAUCUGGAUGUAGAGAAGCCGUUUUUGAGAGCGGCUCAGCGUGGCUUACAGCAGUACAAAAAACACACAUUGGAAAAUACAGGACAUUUCCAGAUAACCUGCAAACAGCCGAGAGAAACUCGCAACACCUGUGAGUGCUGAGAGGCGCACUCGUCCCAGUGUGGAAGGGGAAAGUUCAGAGACCUCGGCACUGCUGAUGAGGACCUAUCUAACGAGGGUGCAAAAAUAGUGACCCAGCAAAGGUACUGUGGAAGGAAAGGACACAAUUGUAUACCACAUGGAGAGAGGAACAAACUCAUUAAAUGUUUUUUCUUCUUUUUUUUUUUUCUGAGAACCUUCAGCUUAUGGUCUAACUUAAGGCAUCACUACUAAAAUACACUGCUUUUUGCA